UCUAGUACGGCGCGCGGUGGAUUGUGGUUUUCAGUAUAACAAUUAAAGUUGAAGAAAUAUAAGAUAAAUUAUUUAAAAUAUUAGUUUUAUCAGUGUUUUUAAGUGUGUGAAUAUUAAAGUUUAUUGCCUCAAGAAUGAAUACCGACAUCGGCUUGAGGUUUCCGGAGUGGGAUAUAACAAAAGGCAAAUAUGAGGAAGUGGACAAGUUGCCAUUGAUGAAUUCACCGGGGCCAAUGCUUACAAUUCUUGCUGUAUACAUCUUGUUCGUGCUGAAGAUUGGCCCGGCGCUAAUGACCAAAAGAAAACCAUAUAAGCUGACUUUAGUAAUGCUUCUCUACAAUACAUUUCAAGUUGUUCUCUCAGUAUAUAUGGUGAAAAAGUACUUAUCAACGCUACUUGAUAAAGGAUUCGCUCCUACUACAUGUCAUAUGCUCGACAACACUGAAAGAGGACCGUUGAUUUUCGGAAUAUGGGUAUACUUUGCAGCCAAAGUGACGGAGCUCUUAGACACUGUAUUCUUCGUGCUAAGAAAGAAAGACAACCAAGUAACAUUCCUUCACCUGUAUCACCACUCGGUGAUGAUGUUCGGUACGUGGAUGUACCUGAAGUACUGGCCAUCCUACACGCUCUACUUCAUUGGAUUUUUGAAUGCCUUAGUUCAUGUCUUCAUGUAUAUGUACUAUGGGUUAGCAGCUCUUGGGCCUAAUGUUGCUAAGUACAUCUUCUGGAAGAAAUAUUUGACGCGGUUUCAAUUGAUUCAAUUCGUCUGUAUCAUAUUGCACUACAUUGUCGCUGUAAACAGGACGGAGUGUCCACCAUCAAAAGGCGUGGCUCUCUUCAUUGGCUGUAAUACCGCGUUCUUCAUGUUUCUCUUCCUCAACUUCUACGUGAAAAAUUACAAGAAAAAUGUAGUGAAAUUGGAUGGUACAAACGGGUGUAUCAGAUUAGUUGCAACUAAAAAUAAUGACAAAAUGGAUAAGACUGCAUAGGGUUAUUUGGUUAUAAGUAUAUUAAAUGACGUUGUUAACCUCGAUUACUGUACCGGUGAAUUUAUUUGCUCAAAUAUAGUGAAUCUCAUUAAAUUGAUUAUUAGCGAACAAAAAUUUAUUUAAUUACUUGUCUGAUAAACAUAAUAAAAUAUAAACUAAAAAUAAUAUAAAAACAUAAGUAUUUUUCGCUUCAAUUUUUUGUAUUUUCUGAUGAUUAUUUUUUUAGUAAAGAAUAUCGAUCGUUAGACUCUGUCGUAAAUUACUCUCAGUCUAUGAUUUUGAAGAGUAACAAUAUAAUAUAAUAAUAUAUGCGCUAUGAAGUGUAAACCAGUAUAUAAGUUUUAUCACAGAUUUCACUACCUAUUGUGUUGCUCAGAAAUCUAUAUGACCGAGAUUACUAUCGUACUAGGUGACGCUUGUAUAAUAAUGAUAUCACCAACAGAAUUAUGUAUUAUUUAUUCAACUAGACGUAUUAUUGACAAACUAAGAAUCUCAAAGUAUUAGCUUAAUAAAUGUAGGCUUUAUUACAAACAACAUCGAAUUAAAAUUAUUAAUUUUGCUUGUUUAAAAAGAGUUCGUAAGUUUAAUACGAUUUACAAAUUAAUAUACAAAAGCCAAAUAGUAAGUGCGUCUGAAUUGGGUUAUUGGUUCAUGCUGCCCUUGAGUGGAUAACGUGUUUGUGAUACUUAGUAAUAAGUUGUAAAACGGCGAUUUUGAUAUCCAUUAUGCACCGUAAUAUGCAUUCUUAAAUGCAUUGUAAAAGUACGACAAGGUUAAAUUCAAGGUUAGUUCCGAAAUUUUUAAAUGGUCUUGGCUGUGAUGGUCUUGGCUUGGAUGUGAAUGGUUCCUGUUGUGUUACAAAAUAGUACAGGCGGUGUUAUUAAAACAAGUUAGAACCUUGUAAAUUACUUAAAGUGAUGGCUGUCGAGCAAUGUAGCAUUAUAUAGCAUCAUCGAAGAAACUCUGGUUAGUCAAAGAACCGGUCCAGUUCAAAUUAGACUUGCACAUGACGCGCAAAUUAAAGGAAAUAAGUUUUUUAUUUAUUUGUAUAACAACCUUUUUUGGAAUAUGCCAUCUGGUUUUUUAAUACAUAUUAUGUAAGUUUGUAAUUUUUAAUUGUAAUACUGACUCUUGUCAAAAUUUCUGUUGUCUGAUGGAUAGCGUAGUCUUAGUAAUAGGGGCCCAGUUCUUUUGUCCUUUGGGGCCGCAAAGAACGAACAAAGCGAUGAUACGUGUAGAAAUCGGGGAUACAGCUUCAACCAAGGCUUUUUUUGCCAACGCAAAUAGCUAUUUUGACCCUUAUCGUCAUAUCACUUUAUCCACCGUACAUGACAUGUAAAAAUUCGUGUGGUUAACGGCCGUUCCCAAUAUUCAGUCUAUCUCUUACUUUAGAUAAAAAUCGUAACUAUCGUUGACUUUUCAAUGGGACGACGUAUAGCUUACCAGCCAUAGAAGUUUGUAUGGAAAUUGCAAUUCACGCGUUCCAAUAUAAGACGAUAAAAAUGAAUUAUCGCGUAUAUUGGGACAGCUUUAGAUUAUUGACAGUAGAAGGUAGUAAUUUAUCUCUAUCUCUAGAUAGUAUAUUGGGAACGGCCGUAAGACGUUUUGAAAAUAUUAUCCAUACACUUAAUUGGCGAAGAAUCUAUAUAAUUAAGUAGACUCUAAACAAAUACUAUUUUUUAAUGUGAUACUUAUGAAUAUUAUGAGGCCUAAAUACAUUAUUACAAUGUUUAUAGAUGUUCGAGAUCUUUUUUUUUUCUACUUUGUAUACGGGUUUUGUAUUUUUAAUAGCGGUAUUGUACAAUAAUAAUUAUGUGUUUAUAAUAUUGUAUAGACAGUUAAAUUUAUAGCAGCGGAACUAAUGGCUGUUAAAAUGUUAGCUAUAUAAUAUGUGGGUGUCUCAGAUUGACAUCUACAAAGCGUAUUGCUCAGACUUCACUUACGUAAAAAUUUGCUGAGUGUAAACUAAGCAUAUUAUUUGAUUUUAUUUUUAUAGUAAUUUGGCAGCUCAAUUUAUGCUUUAGCUUUAGCUAAGACUGCUCAAUGCAAAAGUCAACUUCGUACUUUUUUUACUCAACUAAGUUGUAACGUAAGUAAAGUCUGAGUACGCUCAAUUCAUCUCAGCCUAAGAGAUAGCGAGUCUAUUUUAUCUAUUUUUCGACUUAGCAAUUUCGUUACAGCAAACGUCUUUAUUGUAAAAUUUAAGGACAAAGAUUUUAAAUGUCUCGAGAGAGGUCUCGUGUAAUUCAUAGGAUCAUUGUGUUAUUGUAUUGGUCCCCUUUUACUGUCCUCUGUUUUGAAAUAUUGUUGCAAAUAUUCUCCACAAACUCAGCAAACUUACGGGUAGAAUAUUGAUUUCGCGUGACAACUGUGAAUAUGAAAAUA